AUUUUCGGCGACUUCGUAGCAUCAGAACUUCGCACGCUUCGUUCCAACGAAUCCCGCAAGAAGCUGAAGCGUAUGAUCCAGAAAGCCAUCCUCCAAGUCGGCGAAGAAGAAGAUGUGAACAUAAUCAGUGGAUGA